AUGGGCCCAAAUUCGCGUCAGCCCACUAUCUGCAGCCGUUUAAAACUCCGGCGACCUCCAAAUUUCCCUUUCCGCAACUCUCUCAAGCAUCCAGAAAUGGCGCCUAAGAAGAAACAGCAGAAACAGAAGGCGUCAUCGUCGUCGUCUUCAUCAAAGGGGAAACCCGCGUCAUCCACCGGACCCAAACUCCAACUAUCGGCGGAGAAUGAAAAUCGCCUCCGCCGUCUCCUUCUCAACUCCGGACGAUCGGCGCCUUCGUCGGCGCCAUCCGAUGGAUCGCUGUCCAAAGAGCAGAAAGCCAAGAAGCUCCGAUCGGUCUACGAGAAUCUUUCCUGCGAUGGCUUUAAGGAUGACCAAAUUGAACUUGUUCUCUCCACUCUCAAGGAGAGUUCAACAUACGAGGCAGCUUUGGACUGGCUGUGCUUAAAUAUUCCAGGGAAUGAACUCCCAUUGAAGUUCUCAAGUGGCAGUUCUUUGCACGCUAAUGGAGGUUCUGUUGGUGUCAUAUCAACUGCUCGGGAAGAUUGGGUUUCAUCGAGAGAUUCCUCGGCAAGUAUAGUGGAGGAAAAGGCCGAAGCUCCUCUUAGAAUUAAAGAGCGGAAAAAUGAUGACAAAUUAGGUUCUGUUCAGCAAUCUCAAGCAGACUGGAUCCGUCAAUAUAUGGAACAACAGGAAGAGGAUGAAUCUGAUUCCUGGGAAAAUUCUUCACUGGAUAAUGAUACAUCGAAAAAGGUCCUCGAACCAAGGAGCAAUUAUGAGUUAAUUGUUGAGGACUAUCAUGCUGCAAGGUUGCAAGCUGCAAAUGCCAAAGAUAGAGGUGACAAGAAAAGCCAGAAUGAAGCAGGUCUAAUCAUUCAGAAACUUAAGCAGGAGAUAUCAGCCUUAGGGCUAUCUGUUGAUAUUUUGGAAACUGGAUAUAUAAGCUCUUCUCGUCACACAAGUAAUGAUGUAGCUUCACAUGAUGCCUCUUCAGAGAACCCUGACAGUGAUACUGUUAAUGCAUGUAUUAUAGAACAUGAUAAAGCCUGUAAUGAGUUUAGUAUUGAAGUUGAAGAAAAGGGCGUUAGUAGCUCUGCAGCACAUGAUCACUCAUCCGACUCUGUUGUUUUAAAUAUCCAAACUCAAAAUGGAGAUGUUUUGGAAAGGGAAUCUGGUGAUGUAGAACUUGGUGAUCUUUUUGGGGAAGAUGGUGACACGUCCAAUCAAGUACCUCCUGAAAUAUUGGAACUACAGAAGAAGGAAAAAAUGAAGGAACUUUGCAGUGGGAAGAACAUAGAGAAAAUGGAAGGAAUUUGGAAAGAGGGAGAUCCAAAAAAGAUUCCUAAGGCUCUUCUUCACCAAUUUUGCCAAAGAUCAGGAUGGGAAGCACCAAAAUAUGAUAAAAUUCCUGGAAAAGGGAAAAGUUCUGGUUACUCGAUCAGCAUACUACGCAAGGCUAGUGGAAGAGGUAAAAAUAGAAAAGCUGGCGGAUUGACCACCAUUGAGCUUCCUAGUCCAGAUGAAAGUUAUAAUUCACCUGAGGAUUCCCAAAAUAGAGUUGCAGCAUAUGCGCUCCACUGUCUCUUUCCGGAUAUACCUGUUCAGCUAGCACUUGUAGAGCCAUAUGCUUCUGUGGUACUGAAAUGGAAGGAAGGUAAUAUGUUCACAUCUGUAAGAGAUAAACAUGUCGAUAGAAGGGCUGGUUUUGUGGACUCCCUGUUGAAUUCUGGCAAAAUCGAGCAUAUUGCUGAGAGCGACAUUAUGAAUAGUCCUCAGCAAGAGAAGAUACAAAUGCAUGUUGCAGAAGAGUAUACUGGUAGCAUCAACCAGAACACUGAGAGUAAGCGAAGAAAUGUGAAUGCUGAAAGCAUUUAUCUAAAGAAAGAACAAGAGCGUAAGAAGGAAAUGAAGAAAUACAAGGACAUGUUGCAGUCCAGAUCUGCCCUCCCAGUUGCCGAGUUGAAAGAGGACAUUUUACAUUUACUUGAUGAAAAUAAUGUUGUGGUAAUUUCUGGAGAGACAGGCUGUGGAAAGACUACUCAGGUCCCACAGUAUAUAUUAGAUAACAUGAUCGAAGAAGGAUGUGGUGGUCGCUGUAAUAUUAUUUGCACUCAGCCAAGGAGAAUUGCGGCCAUUUCUGUUGCUGAAAGAGUUGCUGAUGAGCGUUGUGAAUCAUCUCCAGGAUCAAACAAUUCUUUGGUUGGUUAUCAAGUCCGUCUAGAUAGUGCAAGGAAUGAACGAACGAAGCUUCUCUUUUGUACAACUGGCAUACUUUUGAGGAUGAUAUCGGGAAACAAAGACUUGGCAGAUAUUAGUCAUGUGAUAGUUGAUGAAGUGCACGAGCGCUCUCUUCUGGGUGAUUUUUUGCUCAUUGUUCUGAAGAACAUAAUUGAGAAGCAAAGUACAAGCGGCAAAUCGAAGUUGAAAGUUAUUCUUAUGUCUGCAACUGUGGAUUCCCACAUGUUUUCACAGUACUUUGGAAAUUGUCCUGUUGUUACUGCUAAAGGUCGAACACACCCUGUAUCAACUCAGUUUCUUGAGGAUAUACAUGAAAAGCUGCACUACCGCCUUGCUUCAGAUUCUCCAGCAUCUAUAAACUAUGGAAUGUCUGGUGUGGAGAAGAAUGCCCCUGUUGGCAACAAGAGAGGAAAGAAAAAUCUUGUCUUAUCUGGUUGGGGUGACGAAUCCUUACUUUCUGAGGAAAUUAUUAAUCCUUAUUAUGUUGAAAGUGAUUAUCUGGAUUACAGUGAGCAAACUCGUCAAAACUUGAAAAGACUGAAUGAAGAUAAUAUUGAUUAUGAUCUUCUUGAGGACCUGGUACACCAUAUUGAUGAGUCUUAUGCUGAAGGAGCCAUACUGGUAUUCUUACCGGGAGUAGCAGAAAUCAAUUUGCUACUAGAUAAACUUUCUGCUUCUCAUAGAUUUGGUGGGCGGUCAUCUGACUGGCUUCUAUCUUUACAUUCAUCUAUAGCUCCUGAGGAUCAGAAGAAGGUGUUUCAGAAACCUCCUGAUAACAUACGCAAGGUUAUAGUUGCCACAAAUAUUGCAGAAACGAGUAUAACCAUCGAUGAUGUCGUAUAUGUGGUAGACAGUGGAAAGCAUAAGGAGAACCGUUACAAUCCACACAAGAAACUUUCAAGCAUGGUUGAAGAUUGGAUAUCUCAAGCAAAUGCUAGACAGCGAAGAGGAAGAGCUGGACGCGUGAAGCCAGGAAUUUGUUUUUGUUUAUAUACACGCUGCAGAUAUGAAAAGCUUAUGCGUUCCUACCAGAUACCUGAAAUGAUGCGAAUGCCGCUAGUGGAAUUGUGUCUACAAGUGAAAUUACUUUCUCUUGGCGGGAUAAAACAAUUUUUGUCCAAGGCCCUGGAGCCUCCUAGGGAAGAUGCUAUUUUGUCAGCAGUUUCUUCUCUAUAUGAGGUUGGUGCCAUUGAAGGAAAUGAAGAAUUGACACCUCUUGGUUAUCAUCUUGCUAAACUCCCAGUUGAUGUGCUGAUUGGAAAGACCGCCCGUCACAACUCCGCCGGCCAGUCCCGUUGUUGCCACCACCUUCCUCCGCCGCCGCCGGGAGUUGACGAGCGUAAUCGGCAAAAUGGACUCAGAGAGUACCACCUCCGCCUCCAGCCACUUGCCGCCGAUCCCCAUAUCCCGACGAUCGAGGACGGCUCCAUCAUCUUCAUUGGCACCCCCUCGUAUUCCGCUACCAUUCAACCCUAA